CAAGUAUAAUAAGGCUGACUCAGCUGGCUAUAAGCCCUUCCACGUCAGCCAAAUCACAUCUGGAGGGGAGAGAAAGAGGGAGAGAGAAGCGAACGGGCGCUUCGUCAAGCGCCGGGCUGCGGCACAAGAUACGAGAGCUUUGCACCCGCUUGCAACCCGUGGCGAGCGCUAGAGCCGGCGCUCUCGAUCCCCUGCGCCUCUCCCGCCUCCCGCGCUUCUCCUUCCUCCUUCGCGCGCAAAAAUCAGCCCGUGCCGUCGCCCCAAAUAGCUUCCUCGCGCCAAAUCAAGCCUUCCAAAUUUCCCCAAAUCGCCACCUCUCCCGAACCCUAGAACUGUCGCCGGCGCACAUCAAGGAGAUGGGUCAGCAGUCCAAACGGACGCGCGCGCCGGCACCUCGUGAAGCCCCUCCACCAGCGCCUCUGCUCACCCCGCCGCCAGCGCAUCUCCUGGUCCCGCCGCCGGCGCAUCUGCUGGUCUCGCCGGCGCCUAAGUCCGCCCCGCCGCCGGGGAUCCCAUCGGCCUUCCCUUCAAAGCAGAGAACAAGCACUUGGAUCCCCCCAAGACCACAAGAGUCUCUGGCGGCUAGUCUGCAGCAACCAAGUGAAUCGGAUCCUACGGCUCAAGGUCCUUGUUGGGCACCGCCUGCCUGCAUCGGUGGCUCUACAUCACCUUGGUACAUGGCUGGCAAUAUGGACUACUCUGAUCCACAAGUAUGGGGAGUGGAUUCUCACCCACCUGGUGGUUACCUUAGUUACUUUCAGAACACGGCAGGCCCCACACAACCUAUGCACAAUGGGAGUUCACCGCAACCAGUCAAUGCUGGCGAUGACACAAAUGGUGGUGAUUGUGGAAGGACCGAAAAACGCUUGCUAUGGACAAAACAAGAAGAUCUUCGAUUGGUCAGUGCUUGGUUGAAUAAUUCCAAUGACCCAAUCCAAUCAAACUACAGGAAGAAUGAACAAUAUUGGAAAGAUGUUACUGCUGUCUACAAUAGUACCACCCCAAAAAACAGGGAACGACUAGUCAAGCAAGUGAAAGAUCGCUUUGGGAGAAUUAAGAAAAGGGUUGCAUGGUUUUGCGCGAGUUAUAAGGAGGCUAGUGCUUUGUAUGCUAGUGGUGAAUCUGAUGCAGAUUUAAAGAAGAGGGCAAUGCAAACUUAUGAGGAAGAUCACAAAAAAGAUGGUCCGUUUAUGUUUGAGCAUUGCUGGGAGAUUCUUAAAAAGGAACCAAAAUGGGACGCGUAUUUGGAACGCCUAGAAGGUCUGGAGCCGGACAAGAGGAAGUUUAGUGUUGAUGAUGAAGUAGGGAAGCAUUCCACUAUAGAUGAUGAUGAUGAUGAUGAAGAUGAACGUCCACCGGGUGGCAAGCAAGCUAAGGAGAAGCAGAAACGAAAAAGAAAGGAUGAAGUUUGUAUAAUAGAUCUUGAAGAUGGGCUUCAAAAGUUUGUAGAUGCCCAGAAUGCAGCAAAUGAAGGCCGCAAAGAGAUGUUAGAGACCCAAAGGCGUGUUUCUGCUGAGAAUCUUGAAGCACGGAAGCUUGCUCACCUUGUGGCAAAAGAUCACAAAGAGUCGGUCAUGCUAGAAACAUAUCGCUCAUUGGUGAUGCAAGACACAACCGGGAUGCCUGAAGAUGUGAGAUCUGAGCAUGUGUUGGCAUUGAAGUGUUUAAGGGAGAAGCUAUUUGGCAAAAUGGUCUAAGGAGUGAGCUGUGAUGUGGUGAUUGCGGCAGCUGUUAUUUAUAGUGGUUGAAGGUUAUUGAUGCAAAUGAGUGGUUGCUCCUUUCCAGCGAAGUACCCUCCAUGCUUUAUGACUUUUGUCAUCGUCCAGAUCAAAACUAUGAUUGUUGCUUGUGGUCGUGAAUGGCUUGUUUGCCGGAGAUGUUAUCUAUUAUGUUUGCUGAAUGCUUUCUUAAAGACUUAUGUAAUCUUAAGUAAUUACUCAUGAUGCUAUGGAGUAGUAUGAUGCUGUGUGACAUGUUUGGAGUACUAUGAUGCUGUAUGACAUAUGUUUGUUGCCUAAAUGCCAGUCAGUCUUCCUA